CCUCGGCCCCCAGCCGCUGCUCACCCGGCCCGGGCCCCGCCGCCCGCCUCCCAGGACCAGCCCGCGCCCCCCAGGUCGCCGCCGCCCGCGCCGCCAUGGGGGUGGAGGGCUGCACCAAGUGCAUCAAGUACCUGCUCUUCGUUUUCAAUUUCGUCUUCUGGCUCGCCGGAGGUGUGAUCCUGGGCGUGGCCCUGUGGCUCCGCCAUGACCCACAGACCACCAACCUCCUCUAUCUGGAGCUUGGAGAUAAGCCUGCACCCAACACCUUCUAUGUAGGCAUCUACAUCCUCAUUGCUGUGGGGGCCGUGAUGAUGUUCGUCGGAUUCCUGGGCUGCUAUGGGGCCAUCCAGGAGUCCCAGUGCCUGCUGGGGACGUUCUUCACCUGCCUGGUGAUCCUGUUUGCCUGCGAAGUGGCUGCUGGUAUCUGGGGCUUUGUCAACAAGGACCAGAUCGCCAAGGACGUGAAGCAGUUCUACGACCAGGCAUUGCAGCAGGCCGUGGUGGACGACGACGCCAACAACGCCAAGGCCGUGGUGAAGACCUUCCAUGAGACGCUCAACUGCUGUGGCUCCAGCACGCUGACCGCACUGACCACCUCCGUCUUAAAGAUCAACCUGUGUCCCUCGGGCAGCAGCGUCCUCACCAACUUAUUCAAGGAAGACUGCCACCAGAGGAUCGACGAGCUCUUCUCGGGGAAGCUGUAUCUCAUCGGCAUCGCCGCCAUCGUGGUGGCGGUGAUCAUGAUCUUUGAGAUGAUCCUGAGCAUGGUGCUCUGCUGUGGCAUCCGGAACAGCUCCGUGUACUGAGGCUCUGGCCGCCUGGGCCGCAGGGAGGGCCGGUGGGACCCCUGCGGCACCCCCAGAGCAACCCGGACACUUCUGUGGAGGGCCUCUCACCACCUGUGUAUAUAACUUUUCUGGUAUUAUUACUUUGCUGCAUUUAUUAGUCUUUUUACUUUUGAGGUUUUGUUUUUGUCUUGAAGUUCCCUGUUACCUUCUGGGGCUGACGUCACCUGUAGGUGGCAUGUGAGUGGGCCCUGGGGACUGCAGGCCAGGGGCCCCCUCUGCUUCUGGGGCCGCCUAGGAGGUCUUGCCUGCUCAGCCAGGCUCUCCAGGGGACCUCAGAGGCCUUCUGGCCGAGCUGCGUCCUCCCACCCACCCAUCCCCAUGGGCUGCACGGCUCACGCCGGUUUUAAUCCUUGUUUCUCUCCUGUCUCUAGAGCCGGGUCUAUGAGCGGCCUUAUGCCUUUAAUGCACCUCUCCUUUCUAACGCGUCACUUUCAACUGUAAUUACGUCUUGAAAGUCAUUCAAUAAAGAAGGAAAAACCAGGCAUGCUAA